AUGUCUUCUCGAAACAUACUUUUGGUCAUUGGAGCAGGUCCUCGACUUGGACAAUCUGUAGCAGACAAGUUUGCAAAUGAGGGCUAUCGUGUUGCACUGGCUGCGCGAAGCCUGACAAGUGGACUGUCCUCCGCUGGCAUGUUGAAGAUCAAAGCAGAUCUCUCAGAUCCGAAUAGCGUAUCAACAAUAUUCCAGACGGUGCAUAAUACUUGGGGCCCACCCAAUAUUGUUGUUUAUAAUGGGGCCAAUCGCAUCACUACCGCCGUAGAUGAUCCCCUGUCUGCACCAUUGGGCGACAUCCAAGCCGCUCGUACGGUGGGCUUCGACAGUGCAUACUUGGCAGCCCAAGAGGCAUUACAUGGUUUCAAAAGCCUACCGGACCAGCUGUGCAAGGCAUUCAUAUACACCGGAAACGCCUUGAGCCAAAUCGCCAUACCUGGUGUACUGCCUUUUGCCGUGGGGAAGGUUUCGGCAGCGAUGCUGAUCGAGUAUGCGGCCAAUGCAUAUGGACCUCAUGGAUACAAAUUUUACUUUGCGGAUGAGCGUCAGUCCGACGGCAGACCAGCGGCGCUUGACAUUGAUGGUGCUGCUCAUGCCGAUAUGUAUUGGGAACUGGCCAACGAAAAGCUUCAGUCGUACUGGCUGGUGACGUUUGUCAAGAACCAGGGCCGACAGGACUUUGCGGGUGUUGAUUUUCAGGGCCAUAACCGCGUGUCUCAUUAUAAACGCAUGAGAGAUGCUGCUGCUGAACGCAACAAUUAA